AUGACAAGCGUACAAACAUUAACAGGAAUUUGUAUUGCAGCAUCAAACACAACAAAUACCACCCCAGCAGGCGUGAUGACAACCGCGGCAGCCACUACAAGCAAUGAAACGUCUUCGUUUGGUUUUUCUGGCGACGGUGCAGACACGAUAACAGUUGCAACUACAACGAGUAAUGAAACUUCUACGUUUGGAUUUUCCGGCGACGGUGCUGACAUCACAACAGUAGCAACAUCGACAAGCAAUGAAACGUCCUCGUUUGGGUUUUCCGGUGACGGUGCUGACACAACAACAGUUACAGAUUCCAUGAUUACGACGACAAAUAAGACCAUAUUCACUCAAACAACGCCCAUGACAUUACUUGUGGCACCAUCUGGAAACCAAACAUCUGGUGUUACAACAACAGUGGCACCAUCUGGAAACCAAACAUCUGGUGUCGUAACAACAGUUGCACCAUCUGGAAACCAAACAUCUGGUGUGGUAACAACAGUCGCACCAUCUGGAAACCAAACAUCUGGUGUGGCAACAACAGUCGCACCAUCUGGAAACCAAACAUCUGGUGUUGUAACAACAGUGGCACCAUCUGGAAACCAAACGUCUGGUGUGGCAACAACAGUCGCACCAUCUGGAACAACAGUAGGAUCAACCCCAGCACCAGCACAAUCUACUACUUCGUAUGUUUCAACAGGUGGGGCAACAACCACAGAAUCAAGUACCAUAAAUGUGACAAGUACAGCAGCAACUGUUGUGACUUUUUGUACCUUUGAACAAAUACAACUUGCUGAAGGAAACUUUACAUUCAACAUGACAGCAAUAAAUGCAGUAGCAAGUUCUACCCAGAGAUGUAGUGAUGGCCGUGCAAUAGCAACUCGGGUCUGUCUUGCUGGUGGAGCAUGGAAAGAACCAUCUGUUCUUGCCUGUAGUGCCUCAACAGAAAGUACUCUCAGCUCAUUGGCAAACGCAACUUUGUCUAAAAAAGCUGAGACUGUUUUCUUGCUUUCAAGUGCUUCUAAUAUUUCUGCAACAGAUGUUGAGAAUAUUAAAGUUUUUCUGACCUCAAGUGUUGCUACUGCAAACUCAACAUCUGUGAGCGAAGUGAAUUUAGUAAUUGGUGUCGUGGAAAAUUUGCAAAACAGCACACAAGUUGGGGGUGGUUCUGCUUUAGUGGAAUUGGUUGCACAGUUUGCUAUCAAAGUUGAACUUAAAAGUGGAGAAAAUGUGACCAUCCGAUCAAAAACUCUAACAGCAACUGUUUCUGUGGUCAGUGUUGACAGUGAUGCAACAAUCACACCUGUUGCCUUAUCAUCAUCAUCAGAUGCAGCGAUAAGUGGCAUCACUAUUCCAAAAUCUGCAUUUCCAUCUACAGGGGGUGCACCUGUCAGAGUACUUGCAAUGGUUUCAGACAAAAGCCUUUAUCCAGCUGCACCAGCAAACAUACCAGGAUCAGUCACAGGAAAUGUAGUCAGUUUGAACAUUGGAACCUCAUCUGGAGCAAGCAAAAUACAAAACUUAGACCCGCCUAUUGAAAUUAACUGGGAUAUAUCAAGCAAACUAACAAGUGUUCCAGAUCAGGCACAAACAAGCAAAACGGUUCUAUCUGUUUGCGUGUUCUUGGACACAACAACCAACACAUACUCUCAGUCUGGCAUACAGAUAGCACCGGGUCAACAAAGUUCUACAACCCAGACUUGCCAAGUUACACAUUUAACAUCGAUAGCUCUAAUAUCUCAGGUUACUGUUACACCAGUGAGUUCUCCCCGACCAACAACGAUCUACAUUGUGGGAUGUGCUUUUGCCAUAUUUGGUCUUCUUGUAGUUGCAUUUGUUCACUUACUUUUCAAACAAUUACGUAAUGAUCCUCUAUCAAAUAUGGUCGCGCAGUUCUGCUUCUGGGCAGCCAUGGUGUUUGUCAUGUUUUUAAUCUCCUCCACAACAUGGACAACACUUCCACGACCAAACUGUCUUGCUGUGGCAUCAUUCCAUCACCUAUUCCUUCUUAUUGCACUGGGCUGGUUGACCAUUUUAUCUUUCUCAGCAAUGAGAAGUUUAAAGAGACCAAUGGAGUGGAUUCUUCUUUAUAAACAAUGUGAGCAGCCAAGAAGGAACUCAGCUAUUAUCAAAUGGAGUCUCUUGGUUUACAUUGUUGCAAUAGUUCUGUGUGUUGUGGUGGUCGCACCUGUUGUUGGGGUUGUAGAACCUCUCAAUACAAAUGUUCAAGGGGCAAUCAUACCACAUGCGAAUGCAUACGCCAGCAGUGAUGCCUGUCUGGUCAAAGGACCUGCUCUAUAUUAUGGGCUUGCCAUCCCAGGUGGUCUAAUGUUACUUGCAUCACUUCUACUAUCAUUAUAUGCAACGAUACUUGUGUCUGUGGUCAGAGAAAAAAUAGAGGUUAGUUUUCAAGGCUACAUGUCAUCCUUUGUUGAGGUGAAACAACUUGGGGAAAAUAUUUUCAUGAUGUCUGUUCUUAUGUGCGUGACUAUUAUUGUCGGUCUUAUUCGUGGGGGUUGGGACCAGUGGCCGUUACGCAAUUAUGUGACUAUGGACACAUUGUUUGGAGUGUUUGGUAUUAUUUUGGGUGUUCUUGCGAUUAUCAUCUUCUGUUUGAGAACAAGCCAUGUAAGGUCACUGAUCGCACGCGGAUUCAGGAGUGUGUGUCCCACUACUGGUGAUUACUAUUUAACUGAUGAAUCAAGAGAGAGAGCACAACCGUCAUCCGCACAAGGCGUGGAGCUGACAGGCGCAAAGAAGUCGUCUAGUUUGAGAGGAGCAAAAACACAAGACACUAGUUUUAACAGGAAUGAAAAUCGUAUCUCUGCUUCUAGGAUAAGUUGUGAAACAGAUUCUGAAAUCAGAGAAGCGAGAAGGGAAGAGUCAAGAAGAGUCUACUUGCAAUGAAGGGUAUAUUCGAUUACUUUACCUUGAUAUAGUGGCCAACAUCCUGUCCUGAUGAAAUACACAACGAUGAUAUAAAGAAACUUGUGUUUAAGAAAGCUAAAACACUCUAGUUAGAUAAACAUGAAUUAAAAGACUCGAUUAAAUAAAGCCAAUGUAAAAUAUUUAAACUUUAAAAAGAAAUGAUUAAAUGCCUUGAUUGCUGACCUACAGCUAUGAUGACAUUUGUUUUAUGUUUAAAGUUCCACUAUUUUUUAUAUCGUAGCCUAAUGCUCACAUAAGUGUACCACAAUCAUAGGAAUCAUUAAUCGUUACAACAUACACCAUUCACUAGUUACACCAUCGCAGAAACGUCUAUCUCCUAAUACAUUCUAUUUCAAUUAUCAAAA